AUGGUAUCUUUUGAUGUCACGUCCCUCUUUGCUUCCAUCCACCAGGAUCUGGCAAUCGAGACCGUCGAGCUACUCCUACUAAGCAAAUACAAUAAAACGGAGAAUCGUCUCGGACAUGCUCAAGUCCUUCAGCUCAUAAACUUCUGUCUUAGGACGUACUUCACGUUUGACGAGACAAUCUACGAGCAGUUCAUCGAACGGGAUCAGGUGCUACCGUUCAAAGAACGUAUCCAUAGCGUCUGCCUGAGCAAACAAUUUACGAUGGAGAAGGAAGAAUAUAACCAGCUGGCCUUCCUUGAUGUCCUCGUCUGCCGCAAAGAUUGUGGUGGCGUACAGACUAAAGUGUUCAGAAAGACGACGAAUACGACACAAAUACUGAACUUCAGCAACAACCACCUAAUCAGCCACAAACGCAGUUGCUUAAGAAAGCUAUAUCGGCGUGUUGAGACGCCCAGCAAUGAACCGGAAGACAAGAUUGCCUAA